AUGCAGCUGGGCGACCCUGGCAAUGGGGAGCGGCUGCUGUACAACGGGAAGGGCAUCGACGAGGUGGGGGCCGUGAUGGCGCUGGGGGAGAAGGACGGGUCCGACUGGAAGCUGGCUGCCGGGGGCGCCGCAACGGACCUCGACGCGGCCCUGAAGUCAGAGGGGCACGAGUUCGACAGCUUCGCGCUGGACAUCCACAUUCCGGCCCAGUGCGGGGUGCGGGAGGCGGCGGUGCUCUCGCACAUGCGCAGGGCCUUCCCGGAGGAGCAGCUGCUCUCGAAGCCGCACCGCCAGGUGGCGGAGAGCAUCUUCAGCCUCCGCGACACGUGGCGCGCGGCGAUGAUGCCCGCGUUGCAGGAGGCAGUGCAUGGCGCCGCGCUGGACCUCGAGUCCGACAUGCGGUGCGGGAUCUACUUCGUGCACCGCGGGACGAGCAGGGAGACGUCGAUUUUGAAGCUGAACCGCAGCAGGAAGCGCCGUCGCGGGAAGCCGAAGGACAUCCCGCUGAGUCCGGAGGAGAUCACGCGAUCCCUGUCGAAGAACGCCUUUGACGCCAUCUUUGCCCUCUCGUCGAGGGACCUGGAGCUCGCGGGCGUCAAGGGCGGCGAGCUGUUCGUCCCAGAGUUCCCAGUCCAGGUGCUGCUGAGGAGCUUCCGGCGCCCGGUGCACGUGGGCGGGUACUACCGCAAGCUGCGGCGCAACAUCAGCAACUCCCCGUGGACGAUCGACGGCUCGCGCAAGGGCGAGACGUCGGUCCAGGAGGCCAUCGGCGACCUCAUCGCGCCGGCGCUGAGGGCCGACAGCUACAACAUGAUCUCCGCGGGCCGGGAAGACAUCGACGUGCUCAUGCUCGGAAAGGGCCGGCCGUUCGUCCUCGAGUACCAGAACGCGCGCUCGAAGAUGCCUGGUGCGGAUUUCUUCCGCGGCGUGGAGGAGCAGCUGGUGUCGAGCGGUGUGGGGGUGGAGGCGAGCGGUCUGCAGGUGAUCGGGAAGGAGCUGCUCAAGGAGCUCAAGGCGGGGGAGUCGGAGAAGCAGAAGCGGUACCUGGCGCUGGUGCGGCUGGACAGGGAGGUGACGGCGCAGGACAUGGCGGCGCUGUCGGACAUGAAGGACCUGACGCUGGCGCAGCGCACGCCCGUGAGGGUGAGCCACCGGCGGGCGGACCUCGUGCGCGAGAAGAUGGUGUACGAGAUGUCCUGCGAGGCGAUCGACUCUGCGUCCCCCGCGCUCGCCGGCACGAGCCUCCCAGAAGGCGUCGCGGAGGCGGACAAGCCGCGCAUGUUUUGGCUGUUGCUGCGCACGUCGGCGGGGACCUACAUCAAGGAGUUCGUGCACGGCGACGAGGAGGACGGCGAGGCGCGCACGACGCCCAACGUAGGGUCGCUCCUCAACGCGAGGGCGGAGAUCCUCCAGCUGGACGUCCUCGAGGUCGUCAUGGACUGGCUGUGA